GGUUGCUCUCCUUGGGCGGCAGCUGCACGUUCGGCAUCGCGGCCGGGCUCUCCGUUCCGCAGGGGCGGGCAACGAGACAAGACGCCGGACUACUCCUCUGGAGGUGUCAAACGGAGGUGGAACUGCCAAUCAAGUAUUAACCCGGAAGAAGUGACCCAGGAAGUUAAAAUGAUUCCGUGUCUGUCGGGAUGAAAUGUAGCGGGUUACGGGAAGGUUCCGACCUCAGUAAGGGAAGCUAACGUCCUUUCUUCUUCAUUUUAGAUGCUGAGAUGAGUCGUCACCUCUGUGUUUGGCUUUUUAGACAUCCACCUCUUCAUGGUCACCACCAGUGCCACACUCGCCGCUUUUCUUAUCAAUGCACACAGACACAUCUUGAUACAAGUCUGUUGGUUUUUAGAAGAAACAGGAAUCGUAUUCUCCAUCAUCUGUUAAAUAAGAAUUGGUCCAGGAGGUACUGUCAUCAAGACACCAGCAUGCUCUGGAAACAUAAAGCGCUGCAGAAGUAUAUGGAGGACCUGAAUAAAGAGUACCAAACACUCGAUCAGUGUUUGCAGCAUAUCUCUGUGAAUCAAGGGGACCAAAGGUCCUUGAAUCGAAGACAUGCUGAGUUGGCACCACUUGUCACCAUUUACCAAGAAAUUCAGGAGGCGGAACAAACAAUUGAAGAAUUAGAAUCAAUGUGUAAAAGUCUGAAUAAACAAGAUGAAAAGCAGUUACAAGAACUUGCAUUGGAAGAGAGGCAAACCAUUGCUCAAAAAAUCAAUAUGUUAUACAGUGAGCUUUUCCAGAGUCUAGUGCCGAAAGAGAAAUAUGACAAAAAUGAUGUUAUUUUAGAGGUGACAUCUGGAAGAACCACUGGAGGUGAUAUCUGCCAACAGUUUACCCGGGAAAUAUUUGACAUGUACCAGAAUUAUUCAAGCUAUAAACACUGGAAGUUUGAACUUCUGAAUUACACACCAGCUGAUUAUGGAGGGCUACAUCAUGCAGCUGCCCGAAUUUCUGGUGACAGCGUCUAUAAGCAUUUGAAGUAUGAAGGUGGGAUUCACCGAGUCCAGCGGAUUCCUGAGGUGGGCCUGUCGUCCAGGAUGCAGCGGAUUCACACGGGAACAAUGUCAGUCAUUGUCCUCCCUCAGCCAGAUGAGGUAGACGUGAAAGUUGACCCCAAGGACUUGCGGAUAGAUACAUUUCGAGCCAAAGGAGCAGGAGGACAGCAUGUUAACACCACUGAUAGUGCUGUCAGGCUUGUCCACGUCCCCACUGGGCUUAUAGUAGAAUGCCAACAAGAACGAUCACAGUUAAAAAAUAAAGAAAUAGCUUUGCGUGUGUUGAGAGCUAGACUCUACCAGCAGACUAUUGAGAAAGACAGGUGUCAACAACAGAGUGCUAGAAAACUGCAGGUGGGAACAAGAGCCCAGUCAGAGAGAAUCCGGACAUAUAAUUUCACCCAGGACAGGGUCACUGAUCACAGGAUAGCAUAUGAAGUUCGUGACAUUAAGGAAUUUUUAUGUGGGGAGAAGUGCCUGGAUCAGCUAAUUCAGAGACUGCUGCAAUCAGCAGAUGAAGAAGCCAUUAUUGAAUUUUUGGAUGAAAACCUUAAAUCAGCAAAAUAAAUGCUUUGUUAUUUAUUAUUACAUGAAUGAAAUGGACCAGUGUCAAGAAGCAGACUGAGGCAUGGAAAUCUUAAGUACAGCUAAAAAUACACAAUACUUACAAAUGUAUUUUUUAGUGAAUCAAGUCACAUUUCUUGACCUAAGAGUUUAUCUUAGGUUUCCUGUAAAGUACAAUCCAACUCUUCAAGUAGAAAACAAACAUGCAUCAUGGAAAGAGAAAUGAAGUUUUGAGAAUUAGGUGCUGUGGGACAGGUCACUUGUUCUCUUUAUAUGCCUUUUUUUAACCAUCUAUAAAUUAAUUUAAACACAUUUUUCAUCUAUUACUUCAGGACUUGAUAACAUGAUAAACUUUAGUGACAGAAGAUUUAUAAACUUCUUUGUAAGCCCCUAUUUAAAGACGAAGUCUUGCUAAUUAUGUUAGUUAGGGCUUAAACUAUUACUUUUAAAUAAAAAAUAAAUAAACUUUGUGAGA